ACGUCAGCUCGCGUCACCGCGAAUGUUUACGUCAGCUCGCGUUGCAACGCAGUAGAGAAGCGAAGACGCGGCGCUCCUGUGGGCGAAGAUGGCUCCGUUCCCGGACGAGGUGGACGUGUUCACCGGGCCGCACUGGCGGAUGAAGCAGCUGGUCGGCCUCUACUGCGACAAGCUUUCCAAGACCAACUUCUCCAACAACCAGGACUUCCGGUCCUUCCUGCGCUCGCUGUGCGACACCUUCAACGAGUUCAAGAUGCACGAGCAGAUUGAGAACGAGUGCAUCAUCGGCCUGCUGCAGCAGCGCAGCUGCACCGUGUACGACGUGCACUCGGACAACAAGCUGUCGGAGAUGCUGUCCCUCUUCGAGAAGGGGCUGUGCAGCGUCAAGAGUGAACACGAGCAGCUGAACUACGCCCGGCAGCUAAAGGAGCGACUGGAGGCCUUCACUCAGGACUUCCUGCCCCACAUGAAGGAGGAGGAGGAGGUCUUCCAGCCCAUGCUGAUGCAGUACUUCAGCUACGAGGAGCUGAAGGGCAUCAAGGAGCAGGUGAUGGCGGAGCACCGCCGGCAGCAGCAGUGGGAGUGUGCUGCCGAGGCGCUGAAGGGGCGGAGCCUGUGGAGCCAGGGGGAGGAGCUGCAGGGGCGGAGCCUGUGGAGCCAGGCCGAGGAGCUGCACAAGGCCUUCAAAUACGCUGACCACGAGAAGACACACGGGGAAGCGGACCAGAAGGACCCGGACCCGAGGAACCCGGACCAGAAAGAACAGGACCCGGACCAGAAGGAACCGGACCCGGACCAGAAGGACCCGGAACCGAGGGACCCGGACCCGAAGGACCCGGACCCGAGGGACCCGGACCACGUAUCCCAGCUGCCCCCUGAGACCCUGCUGAGGCUGCUGGGGUACCUGGGCCCCGCCGACCUGUGCCGCUGCAGCCAGGUGUGCAGGCGCUGGGCCGCGCUGACCCGGACCGGCUCCCUGUGGAGACACCUCUACCCCGUCCGCUGGGCCACAGGGGACUCGUACCAGGGCCCCCCCGGGGAGGUGGACCAGGAGCCCAACGAGGAGUGGGUGAGGAGCCGGCAGCACGAGGGCCGGGCCUACCAGCACUGGGACGAGGACGCCGACAUCGACGAGUCCGAGGGCUCCCCCUGGGCGCUGGCGGCGGUGCGGCGGGAGAAGGCGCUGCUGAAGGGGCUGGGUUACCACCUGCUGCCCGCCGUGGGCGUCUCCGUCAGGUCCCUGGUGCUGGCCUACAGCUCCACCGUCUCCAGCAAGAUGGUGCGUCAGAUGCUGUCGCUGUGCCCCGGCCUCUCCCACCUGGACCUGACCCAGACGGACAUCAGCGACUCGGCCUUCGACUGCUGGUCCCUGGGGGCCAGCCCCCGCCUGCAGCACCUGGACCUGUCGGGCUGCGGGAAGAUCUCGGACCAGACGCUGAGGAAGCUCUCCGUCGCCCUGGGCAACCUGCCGGCCCCCCAGGUCCCGGGCCGGGGGGGCCGGCUGCUGCGGAGCGCGCCCCUCCCCGUCGCCGCCCUGCUGGACGGCUGCGCGCCACACCCCGCCGGGCGCAAGCGGCAGGCCAUCGUGUUCGGGGGCCCGGCCCCCCCGGCCCCGGGCCCCCCCCGGGUCUGGCUGCUGGACAUCCUGGAGCUGGCGGACAUCGAGGACGCGGCGGAGUGGGGGCGGCGCCGGGCGGGCGGCGACACCAGGGGCCUCACGGGCGCGUCCCUGGAGGGAGGCUCCUCCUCCACCUCCUGCUGCUGCAGGCGGAGCAGGAGGCGCGCCCACAGGACGGCCCUCAGCGCCUCCUUCCUGCAGCACCGGCUCAGCGCGGCGGCGGCGGCGGGAGGAGGAGACGGGCCGGGCGGCCGCGACUCCUCCUCCUGCUGCUCCGGCCCCGCGGCCCCCAGGACUAAGAACGGGGGGCCCUGCCCGCCGGGGGGGCCGCCGAGCCAGGGGCCCGGGGGCACCUGCACCCGCCCCCUGCGGUUCCUCAGCCUAUCAGGGUGCCACCAGGUCACCGACGCAGGCCUCAGGGCCCUGUCCCAGCGCGGGGGCCUCCCCUCCCUGGAGCACCUGAACCUGUCUGGCUGCCUGCUGGUGACGGAGGUGGGGCUGCAGGAGCUGGUGUCUGCCUGCCCCGCCCUCAACGACGAGCACUUCUACUACUGCGACAACAUCGACGGACCCCACGCGGACACGGCCAGCGGCUGUCAGAACCUGCAGUGUGGCUUCAGGGCCUGCUGCCGGUCCGGAGAGUGACCCCACCGUGACCCCCCCCCCCUCCCCCACCCUGGAGGGGGAACCCCACCGCGACCCCCCCUCCCCACCGCGACCCCUCCUCCUCUAUUGCACUUUAACCUGAAUCCCAGUCGCUGUACAUGUUGUUAAUUGAUGAAAUGUUUGUGGAUGAAACUGUAAAAGGAAUGUGGUUCCCAAAUGUUUUUCUAGGGAACGUUUGUGUAGGAAGGCUAACGGAGGGCUAAUGCUUACGCUAAAGCCUGUUCUGGCGCUGUAGGGCAUGGAGGAGGAAUCCAGAUCCCCCUCGACACUUCUCCUGCCCCCUCAUCAACCACGCCCUCUCUCUCUCCCUCUCCCUCCCUCGUCUGAGUAGUAUCUGAUCAGUCCUUGUGUCGGCCCAGGUGUCGGCUGAUGAUUUAAACGUGGUGAUGUGCUCGGUUCCUGCUCCCGCCACACGGGGAGGUUUAGAACCGGUUUGGGCUCUGCUCUGAAGGGCCCGUAGCAACGCUAACAUUAGCUUUAACAUUAGCUUACAGCCGCUCAUAACUCACUUUCAGGACGGAUUCGUCAACACUCCACUGACGUAGUGAGACCAGAGGCUGGGUCACUGACCCCUGAGGUCAAGGGUCACUGACGGCAUGUUGAGGAUAUACAACAUGAAGUCUCACAGCGCAUGAGGAGACACCAGCGUCACCUGGAGAACAAUAAAGUUUUU